AGAAUAGCGAAGACUACAAACGAAGUGGGUAACAAACACAUUAACAGAAGAAGCAUAGUAAGCAUUACCAAAAAGCUAAGUACUGGUUGGUCUGAUUCUGAGUUCCAGAGCCUUAAAAAAAAAAAAAAAGAUUCUGAGUUUUUUAGAGUCUUCUUAAGUCUGAGUAAAAUCGAAAUCCAUUUUUCUCUCUCUGAUUCUAAAAGAAAAUUGACCACAGUCAACAGAACAGAAAAAGCACUUCUGAAGAGAAAGAGAAGCGAAAAUGGGUUCGGGAAGCAGAAACUACUCUGCGAAUCCGAACGAUUACAAGCUUCUAGAAGAAGUAGGUUACGGUGCAAGCGCAACGGUUUUUCACGCAAUCUAUCUCCCUUACAACGAAGAAGUAGCGGUUAAAUCUCUCGAUCUAGAUCGAUGCAAUUCAAAUCUCGAUGAUAUUCGAAAAGAAGCACAGAUCAUGAGUUUAAUUGAUCACCGUAACGUUGUUAAAUCUCACUGUUCAUUCGUUGUAGACCGUAAACUUUGGGUGAUUAUGCCUUUCAUGGCGCAGGGUUCUUGUUUGCAUCUAAUGAAAGCAGCUUAUCCUGAUGGAUUUGAAGAAGAUGCUAUUGGAUCGAUUCUUAAGGAAACUCUUAAGGCUUUGGAUUAUCUUCAUCAACACGGUCACAUUCAUCGUGAUGUUAAAGCUGGUAAUAUUUUGCUUGAUUCUAAUGGUGAAGUCAAACUUGGUGACUUUGGUGUUUCCGCUUCUAUGUUUGAUACUGGUGAUCGUCAGCGUUCUAGAAACACUUUCGUUGGUACUCCUUGCUGGAUGGCGCCGGAGGUGCUGCAACCUGGUACUGGUUAUAAUUUCAAGGCUGAUAUUUGGUCUUUUGGAAUUACUGCAUUGGAGUUGGCUCAUGGUCAUGCACCUUUCUCCAAGUAUCCUCCAAUGAAGGUUUUACUCAUGACCAUACAGAAUGCACCUCCGGGACUUGAUUACGAUCGCGAUAGAAAGUUCUCGAAGUCUUUUAAGGAAAUGGUUGCUAUGUGUCUGGUAAAAGAUCAAACAAAGAGGCCGUCUGUGGACAAGUUGCUCAAGCACUCUUUCUUCAAACAAGCUAAGCCUCCGGAGAUUUCUGUGAAGAAAUUAUUUGCUGAUUUACCGCCUCUUUGGACUCGUGUAAAAGCCCUCCAGCUUAAAGAUGCUGCACAACUAGCACUGAAGAGAAUGCCGUCUGCAGAACAAGAAGCAAUAUCUCAGAGUGAAUAUAAGCGAGGAGUUAGUGCGUGGAACUUCGACAUUGAUGAUUUGAAAGCUCAAGCAUCAUUGGUGCAGGAUGAUGAUGAUAUUGCAGAGAUAAAGGAAGAAGAUGAAAACAAGUUCUUCAGCUCUAACAAGGAUACAAGUGAUUCCCAGUUUAGUGUGGACAUCAGGAAUUCAGAUAACUUGCAACAAGAUGAGUCUGCGUUACAAGUAGGUGGUAAUGAUGUACAACAGAGUGAUAAAAGAAAUGGAUCAAUUGCUGAGGCAGCACCAUCUACUUCAGAGAAGGACAUGGGAACAAGCAAGAUUAGAACUCAGUCAAUGAAAAUUGGUAAAACCCAAAGUGGGCCGUUGAUGCCUGGUGCAGUGCUUGGUAGUUAUUUACCUGAAAGAGGGCGUCUAUUUGAAAGGUUUGAGAAUGAAAAUCAGUUAUUAGGUGAGAAAGGUAAUCGUGAUAUACGACGAGCUCCAAGCUUUAGUGGUCCAUUAAUGCUUCCUAACCGAGCUUCGGCAAAUAGUUUAUCAGCUCCAAUAAAAUCCUCUGGAGGAUUUAGAGAUUCCUCAGAUGAUAAAUCUAAGGCUAAUCUAGUGCAAAUUAAAGGGCGGUUUUCAGUGACAUCAGAAAAUUUAGAUCUGGUGAAGGAUAUUCCUGCAAGUUCAGUCUCACGUCGAUCUCCACAGGAUUCCUCACCACUGAGGAAAUCUGCCAGCGUUGGCGAUUGGAUGUUGGAUUUCAAACAAAUGCCAACUGGGCAGUCUUCCAAUGAUUCUGCCAAUAUCAAUAUCCCCGCAUCAAUUCUGGUGCCUCACCUUCACAAUCUUUUCCAGCAGACGUCUAUUCAACAGGAUCUUAUAGUGAGUAUGUUGACUAGCUUGCAAACUGCUGAGGCAAUUGAUGCUUCUCAGAACGGAAAGUUGCCACCAUUACCUCGCAAUUUAGAGAAUGGAAGUGUUGAUACAACAACUUCAGAGAGAGAACAACUGCUGCUGGCCAAAAUCUCAGAACUUCAGUCUCGGAUGAUCAGUUUGACCGAUGAACUAACCUCUGAGAAGUUAAAACACCUGCAGUUGCAACAACAGAUGGCUGCUUUAUACAGCCAGGAACAAAACGGGGAAAGAAAUGAAGGUGCAUAAAUGCUGAUAUUAGUGAAGUAAGUGUACACCCAACCGAGUGAUAAAUUAUACAUUGCACGCCAUUCUCUCUCUGCUGAAGGGGGUUCUGAUUUUUGCACAUUGAUGGUUGAUAUGAGUCAUGUAUCUUCUUCUCCUGUCCAACCUGCCUUGUUUUCAAUAAGCCUCUGUAACGAUAUAAAAGCCCGGGCAAGUGAAAAUGAGCAAAAUGAUCUGUCAAGGUUAAUCUCAUUAUUCAUUUCAUUCAAGAUUCAGAUGUAAAUAAGCUUUUUCUGUUGUAUCAUACUGCAACCUGCUUAGCCUGCAGAUUAAUUAGGAAUUUAAGUUAGGGGGACACAACCCCAAGGGAUUAGUAGUAUCCCUACAUAUUAUGUUGUUUAUAAUUAUAUUAUUACUAUUAUUCCUAUAUCGAAUUGAGCUUGUAUAGGUUUAUUGUAUUCUACCUGCUGAAUAAUAGGUUUUGUACCAAAUGAAUCAAAACUUAGUUAAAAGUUUUUCAAUUAUUCAAA